AUGACUUCGAACGCUCCAACCCUUGCUGUCUUCUAUCAUGCUCAAAAUAUCGAACCUAACACCCGCGGCAGCUUCGGUAUAUACUCCGACCUAAUCCGUUCAAAUCCAGGAUCGACGAAGCCAGUCUGUGCUGGUAUCUGGGACCUUGACCUCGAUACGCCAUCUUCACCUUUCGUCGUGAUGCAAGAUGAGGUGAAAUAUGUUGUUAAAGGGAAGAUCGUUGUGAAGGACGAAGUGACCAGUGAAACACAUGUUUUGGUGCCCGGAUCUUUACUAUGGAUUCCAGCCGGGGCGAAGGUGUCGAUUGUCUCGUCGCAUGACCUGCGGGCAAUUUACUUUGAGUCUAGAUUUAUGGCGUCCGCUCAACACCCCGGCACCUCACAGGCAGAGGCAUUAAAGAUCAAGCUGAACGGACUUAUUGCUAAAUACGUGGAGCAAAAUCCAGCCUCAAAAAGGCUACACGAUCGGGCGCGACAGAGCCUACCAGACGGCAGCACCCGCUCGGUUCUGGCAUCGAGCCCCUUUCCCCUAUCCAUCAAAUCUGCACAGGGAUCGUGUCUCACUUCGGUUGACGAAAAAGUCUACGUGGAUUACGUAUCUGAUUUCACCGCCGGCCUUUUUGGUCACUCGAAUCCAACAAUUCAAGAAGCUAUCACUCAGGCUGCGAGCAAUGGGUUCAGUCUGGGAGCCGUGACCGAGCUAGAGGCUGAGCUUGCCGAGUCUCUCAAGGCACGAUUCUCUAGCAUUGAUCUCAUUCGGUUCUGCAACUCGGGCACUGAAGCAAAUACUUAUGCACUUGCGACUGCGCUGAACUAUACAGGACGCAAGAAGGUUCUUGUUUUUGACCGAGGUUAUCACGGCGGAACGCUCACGUUUGACAACGAGUCAAACCCACUCAACAUACCACAUGAAUAUAUCAUUGGAACUUACAACGACAUUGAGAAUACUCGCUCUGUUUUGGACUUCGAAAUCGGUGCCAUACUGGUGGAGCCAAUGCAGUGUUCCGGGGGCAUGCGUCCGGCUACUAAAGAGUUCCUGCUCUUCCUCCGAGAGGCAGCCAACAUCCUCGGGGCAGUGUUGAUUUUUGAUGAGGUGGUUACAUCCCGGUUGGACUAUCACGGUGUGCAGGGCAAGUUUGAAAUCAAACCCGAUAUGACUACCCUUGGCAAGUACAUCGGAGGUGGCAUGCCAUUCGGAGCCUUCGGAGGCAGGAGUGAAAUCAUGGGGCAGUUCAACUCUAAAUCGGGCGGUAGGAAGCAGUUGUCUCACUCCGGCACUUUCAAUAACAACAUCUUCACCAUGAGUGCAGCCGUCGCGGCAUCGAAGAUUGUGACCAAAGAAGCCAUCGACAAAACUAACAAGCUCGGGGAGAAAGCCCGUUUGGGCAUGAAUGCCAUUCUCCAGACAGAGAACAAAAGCAACAAAGUUACUGCUGUGGGCUGCGGAAGUUGUGUUGGAAUCCACUUCUCGGGACCCGAUGCUGAAGUUCUCCGUGAAAUAUGCUACUUUCACAAUAUUCUUCAAGGAUUGUGGAUCGGCCGUCGUGGCUUCUUAGCCUUCAAUUUCGCGCACACCGGAGCAGAUGUGGACGUCUUCCUCGCCUCUUUCAAGUCAUAUGUAGAUAUUUAUGUCUGA